AUGAGACUCAACCGUGUUGCGCGCUCUGCUGAGGGUGGAGAGACAGAGGGCGCAUCACCACUGCGUCACUCUGCCCAACUGGCGGUCUAUAAUGUUGUUCCCACAGGACUCCUGGGUGGACUUAUCCAGGUGGUCGAUAACGCACCGUCGCUGUUUUUCAUUUACUCGCAAUUCGCCAAGGCCAAAUUCGCGCAAUGUGCGUCGCGUAUUCUCAAGAGCAAUGGAAUUCUACCGAACACGCCUUCCGCCAAAUGGCCACCAGAGCUCCAGGCCGAAGUAUACGAUACGCUUGUAUCCACAAUCCCGCCGAAUCUGCUGCACCGGCAGGUCAUGGGUGCAGCACUAAGCCCGGCGCAUUUGCACAUGGCAUCGCGCAACAUGGUCAAGACAAUAGCCAUGUCAUCUAUGGCAGGCUAUAUCCUGGGGCUCGGGGACCGCCAUCUAGACAACCUACUUGUGGAUGUCAGUCGUGGCCAACUUGUGUCGAUCGACUUCAAUGUGUGCUUCGACUUUGGUGGCAUAUCACGCGUUCCUGAGCAAGUGCCAUUCCGCAUGACG